AUGGGAAUUUUAAAUAAAAGAAAAUUAUCCUUAUGUGAUAAAAAGGGACAAAUUAUUAAAGGGUUUAUUUUAAAAGAAAAUAACCUUAAAAAUGACAUUGUAAAAAAAAAAAAAGAAAGUGAUGUAAUUGAAAUGAAUGGAAUAGUCGAAGAAUGCUUAGCUAAUACCAAUUUUAUAGUUAGUAUUCAAAAUGGGGAAAAAUUUUUGUGUUUUAUUUCUGGGAAAUUAAGAAUUAAUAAAGUUAAAAUUAAUUUAGGAGAUACUGUUAAAAUUCAAAUUCAUAAAUUAAAUUUCGAACAGCGACGAGGAAAAAUUGUCUAUAGAUAUUUGCAGCAAACUCCAAUUAAGCGUAAAAGGUAG